GUGACCAAGAGCUGACGUGGGCAAAGAUACUUAAAGCCUUGACCGCCGUCCUCCGUCCUCCUCUGGGUACCAACUCUAUUGCGCUACACACAGCCGUGCGUUUAACCCAGGCGAGGAGAAGGCAGAGGAGAAAAUUUCCCCAGAUCCGGGCAGUCUGUGCUUAGGAUGAAGACCAAACUGAACUAAAGGAGGGAAAAACAGCCUUGAAACCUUGAAGGUCUAUCCGUCUUACUGGCCCUAAACAGCUACAAGCCUGGUGGAAAAAGGCAAACUGCUCCUACUCCCAGCAGGUUGGUCCUGCUUGGCUUGCAGCCUCUGCAGAACUUGUGAGCCUGAGCUGAACUCCCUUGCCCUGACGUGCAUGCAUCCCACUUGAGCAAGCCAGCUCCACACCUGGAUCAGAGAAUUAUUCCAGCUGCACCAUGAGCCGAGUUCGGGAUGCUGGCUGUGUAGCUGCUGGGAUAGUGAUUGGGGCAAGUGCCUGGUACUGUGUCUACAAAUAUACCAAGAGAACAAACCAGACGAAGAAGAGAUUGGCCAAGUCCAAGACCAGGGCUGUGACUGGGACUGUAACCAGGGCUAGAGCUGGACUAAGGGCUGGAUUCACAAUCAACCUUGGGCCAGGAUUCGGUCCCCCAACCCUAGUCCACAGUAGGGCAGAGGACAAGGCCCAGGAUGAAGCCUCUGCCCUGGAUGGGGCUGGAGCUGAGGCAGAGGCCCCACCUGUAUCCAGUGCUGAGGCUCAGAGUGGGUCAGGAAGACAGGCCCAGGAGGCAGAAGGGUCCAGGGUUGGGCCUAAGGCCGAAUCAGUAGUUGAGGCAGAAGUGACUUCUACAAUGGCGCCACCUCCCAGGGAGGCAGAGGCCCUCAUGGCUGCAGAGGCUCUCAAAUUGGCAGAAGCCCCUGGCACGGCAGAAGCUCCUGGGGUGCCAGUGGUGCCUCCUGGGAUGCCAGUACCUACCGAGGCAGCAGCACCUACCGAGAUGGCAGAGACUCCUGUACCGGCAAUACCUACUGGGGCAUCUUUUGGAGCAGCAGUGCCUUCUGGGGCAGCAGCACCUACUGGGGCUGCAGAAGUUCCUGGGACCUCAGGGUCCCCUAAAACAUCGGCAGCUGCCAAGAAAGCAACCCUUGGAGCUCAUACUGGGGCUAUACCCAAGGCUGGGUCAGUAACUGGAGCUGUACCUAAAGGUGGAACCAAGGGUGGAACCAGGUCCCGGACUGGAGGCAAGGGCAAGGGCAAGAAAAACAACAAGGUUGAUGUAGAUGAAUUGGGGCUAGGCUUCCGCCCUGGGGAUGGUGCUGCAGCAGCUGCUGCCGCCUCAGCUAAUGGGGGACAGGCUUUCCUGGCAGAGGUCCCUGAUUCUGAGGAAGGGGAGUCUGGGUGGACUGACACAGAGUCAGAGUCAGACUCUGAGCCUGAGACCCAGCAGAGAGGAAGAGGGAGGAGACCUGUUCCCAUGCAGAAGCGCCCCUUUCCUUAUGAAAUUGAUGAGAUUCUGGGUGUCCGAGAUCUCAGGAAAGUCCUUGCUUUGCUUCAGAAAUCGGAUGAUCCUUUCAUCCAACAGGUAGCUUUGCUCACUCUGAGCAACAAUGCCAAUUAUUCUUGCAACCAAGACACUAUUCGCAAAUUGGGAGGCCUCCCAAUUAUUGCAAACAUGAUCAACAAAACCGAUCCCCACAUUAAGGAAAAAGCCUUAAUGGCCAUGAAUAACCUGAGUGAGAAUUACGAAAAUCAGGGCCGGCUUCAGGUAUAUAUGAAUAAAGUGAUGGAUGAUAUUAUGGCCUCGAACCUAAACUCAGCAGUACAGGUAGUUGGACUAAAAUUUUUAACAAACAUGACUAUUACUAAUGACUACCAGCACCUGCUUGUCAAUUCUAUUGCAAACUUUUUCCGUUUGUUAUCUCAGGGAGGUGGAAAAAUCAAAGUUGAGAUUUUGAAAAUACUGUCGAAUUUUGCUGAAAAUCCAGAUAUGUUAAAAAAGUUGCUCAGUACCCAAGUGCCAUCAUCAUUUAGUUCCCUCUAUAAUUCUUAUGUGGAAUCAGAAAUUCUUAUUAAUGCCCUUACUCUAUUUGAGAUCAUCUAUGACAAUCUCAGAGCAGAAGUAUUCAAUUACAGAGAAUUCAAUAAAGGUUCCCUUUUUUACCUAUGUACUACAUCAGGAGUGUGCGUUAAGAAAAUUCGAGCUUUAGCAGAUCACCAUGACCUCUUGGUGAAAGUGAAAGUUAUAAAGCUAGUGGAUAAAUUCUGAUUGGUUAUGUGCUCUCAAACGACUUGAAGUAAUUUCUUGGUUUUGCAGUCUGGGAGCAAUGAAAAUUGAAAGUUACUGCUUUUCCACUUGCUCAUAUUGUAAAGGGAUCCUUUGAGCUGCCAGUUUUGAAUAAUGUAUUAUCCAGAGUGAUGUUAUCUGUGACAGUCCCCAGCUUUAAGCUGAACCAUUUUAUGAAUACCAAAUAAAUAGUCCUCUUAUACUGAAAAUAUUUGUGACUUUAAUCAUGCUGCUUGAAUGGAAAUAUUUUUACUGGUUCCUCUAUGUAAAUUGACAGUGAACCUGUCCAUCAUGAAUAGCCUACACUUCUGUCAUUUGUUUUGACUUGAAUUUAUCCACCAAAGAUUUCAUUUGUGUAUCAUCAAUAAAGUUGUAUGUUUUGACUGAUGAAAAAAAAAA